AUGGAGACGCUGGCACGGACUACAAAUAUUUCCAAGGUGGCACUAGAUGGCAGCUUCACUAACAGCUCCUCCAACUGUACAAUUGACGGCUUCAAACAAGUAAUUUAUCCCGUCAUGUAUCUCUUUAUCUUCUUCCUGGGUGCUGUUGGUAACAGCCUCUCCAUUUAUGUUUUCUACCAGACUUCGCAAAGAACCUCAGUAAAUAUUUUCAUGCAGAAUUUGGCUAUUUCAGACCUCAUGUUUGUGAGCACUUUGCCCUUUCGGGCCUCAUAUUUCCUCUUGGGGUCACGUUGGAUAUUUGGUGAUAUCCUCUGCAGGAUCAUGACUUACACCUUGUACAUGAAUAUGUACUGCAGCAUUUAUUUCCUCACCGUGCUCAGCGUGGUUCGUUUCGUCGCCAUCGUCCACCCAUUCAAACGUGGAAAAGUGACCAACACGAAGUAUGCCAGGAUAACCUGUGUGGCCAUAUGGAUCUUUGUGCUGGCAGCUGCCAGCCCUCUGUUAAGCAAGGGAGUUGCUGGCUACAGCAACCCAGUCAAAUGCCUGGACCUCCACCCCUCCAGCACACACAGGCUCCUGGUGAUGAACAGCUUUGUCCUCGUCGUGGGCUUCAUCCUGCCGUUCUGCACAAUUGUGUUCUGCUAUGUCUUUGCCAUCAGGGCGCUGCUCAAGUCCAGGGCUCUGCAGAGCAAGAGGGCAAUCUGUCACAGGAAGGCACUGUUGACCAUCAUCAUCAGUCUCAUCCUCUCCCUCGUCUGUUUCCUGCCCUAUCACAUCCUGCGAACUGUCCACCUGAUGUACAGCAGCUGCAGCCAGGCCAGCCUGCACCAGGCACUGGUGGUCGCUCUCUGCCUCGCUGCCAUGAACAGCUGCCUCGACCCCUUCCUCUAUUACUUUACUGCUGAAAAUUUCAAAGCAAAAAUCAGAAGUUUGUGCUGCAGGUAGCUGGUGCAGAAUUGCAAAACAAUAUGUAUUUAUGUACAUUCAACAAUGUAUAUUUAUGUACAGUCCAAAU